CAACUCCGAUGACAGCGAGAAACAUAGCUGGCAAGUGAAGGCAGGCUGGAAUACGCUCGACCGUUUGUCAUUUCUUCCGGUCGUCCCCCUCGGUUGCUGACCGUUGGUACGGUCUGCUGCUCUCCGCACGUUCACACACCGUUUGUGCACGGUGCCGGUAGCGAAAGGGGGGUUGGUCGACUGGGACUAGCCCCGUGAGAAGCUCUCUGCUUUCAGAAGGAGGGAGAGGAGCCAGCCUUGGGAACCGCUUCAUGGUCGCCGUUAAUUGGCGCCGAGUUAUCGCCAGCUUGAAUGGCGAAGAUAUGAGAUAUACCGUCUCUGUUGUGUUUAGAGGAUACGGGGAAGAUAUAGUGAGCUGCGUCGCUUGUAACUAACGUUAACUAAUGGUCACUAACAUGGAUGCUGAUGUGCCUCCUCCCCUAGGCCGGCCGGGAAAAGGGGUGUUUUUUGACGAUUUUCUGGUAGUAACGCGACUCGUUUCUUUCUGGGAUUAAUCAUUUUGAUUUCAUUUUAUUUUUUCUCUCCCUCUUGGAGUCGGGUUUUGUGUGGGAGUCUCGCAGGGAGCUUUUGUUUGCAAGAUGACAGAAGGGAGGCGAUGUCAGGUCCAUCUCCUGGACGACAGGAAGCUGGAGCUCCUUGUACAGCCAAAGCUGAUGGCUAAGGACUUGCUGGACCUUGUGGCCUCUCACUUCAACCUCAAGGAGAAGGAGUACUUUGGAAUUGCAUACACAGACGAAACGGGCCAUUUUAGUUGGCUGCAGUUGGAUCGCAGGGUAUUAGAACAUGAGUUCCCCAAGAAGUCUGGUCCCAUUGUCCUCUACUUCUGUGUCAGGUUCUACAUAGAGAGUAUAUCCUACCUGAAGGACAAUGCUACUAUCGAACUGUUUUUCCUUAAUGCCAAGUCCAUCAUCUACAAGGAGCUCAUUGAAGUGGAGAGUGAAGUUGUCUUCGAGUUGGCCUCCUUUACUCUACAAGAGGCUAAAGGUGAUUUCACCAGUAAUGAUGCAACCAGGUCUGAUCUGAAAAAGCUGCCUGCUCUUCCCACCCAGGCCCUGAAGGAGCAUCCAUCUCUGGCCUACUGUGAAGACCGGGUCAUAGAGUAUUACAAGAAGCUCAAUGGGCAGUCCAGAGGGCAAGCUAUUGUUAAUUAUAUGAGCAUUGUAGAGUCUCUGCCUACAUAUGGAGUACAUUACUAUGGUGUAAAGGACAAGCAGGGGAUCCCAUGGUGGUUGGGUCUGAGCUAUAAAGGCAUCUUUCAGUAUGACCAUCAGGACAAAGUCAAACCCCGGAAGGUGUUCCAAUGGCGUCAGUUGGAGAACCUCUACUUCAGAGAGAAGAAGUUUUCAGUGGAAGUUCAUGACCCCAGGAGUAGGGCGUCUGUGACGAGAAGGACGUUUGGUCACAGUGGCAUCGCUGUGCAUACGUGGUACGCCUGUCCUGCGCUCAUCAAGUCCAUCUGGGCCAUGGCCAUCAGCCAACACCAGUUCUACCUGGACCGCAAGCAGAGCAAGUCUAAGAUCCAUGCAGCGCGGAGUUUAAGUGAGAUCGCUAUAGACCUUACGGAAACAGGAACCCUGAAGACCUCCAAACUAGCCAACAUGGGAAGCAAGGGCAAAAUUAUAAGUGGCAGCAGUGGCAGUCUGCUCUCGUCAGGCUCUCAGGAAUCGGACAGCUCGCAGACAGCUAAGAAGGACAUGCUGGCAGCACUGAGGGCCAGGCAGGAAGCACUUGAGGAAACGCUAAAAAAGAGACUAGAGGAGCUCAAGAGCAUCUGCAUCAGGGAGGCGGAACUGACAGGAAAGCUUCCUAAAGAAUAUCCUCUGGAUCCAGGAGAGGAGCCGCCCACAGUGAGACGGAAGAUCGGGACCGCCUUCAAACUGGACGAGCAGAAAAUUCUUCCAAAGGGAGAGGAAGAGGAGCUGGAGCGUUUGGAGCGGGAGUUUGCCAUUCAGUCCCAGAUUACGGAGGCAGCCAGGCGUCUUGCCAGUGAUCCUCACGUGAGCAGUAAGAAGCUGAAGAAGCAGAGGAAGACUUCUUAUCUGAACGCACUGAAGAAGCUCCAGGAAAUUGAGAACUCUAUCAAUGAGUACCGGGUCCGCUCUGGCAAGAAGCCUACGCAGAGGGCAUCGCUUAUCAUAGAGGAGGCUAACAUUGGUUCUGAAGACAGUUCAUUGUCUGAUGCAUUGGUCUUGGAUGAUGAUGAUCCUCAAGUUACAGGUACUCCCACCUUCUCUCCGGUAGCAUCGCCUCAUAAGGGCCUCCCUCCUCGACCACCAUCUCACAGUCGGCCCCCUCCACCGCAGUCCCUGGAUGGACUGCGGCACCUGCACUACUCACGCCCUGACUAUGAUAAAUCACCCAUCAAACCCAAAAUGUGGAGUGAAUCGUCACUGGAUGAGCCCUAUGAAAAAGUCAAGAAACGCUCCUCUCAUUCCAGUUUCCUUGCCGUUUUGUCAAGUCACAGGCGUUUCCCAAGCUCCGGCAGUGCAGAAGCAGGAGGUAGUAACUCCCUGCAGAGCAGCCCCAUCAGGAGCCUCCCUCACUGGAAUUCUCAGUCCAGCAUGCCGUCGACCCCGGACCUGAGGACCAGGACCUCACACUACGUACAUUCCACUAGGUCAGUGGACAUCAGUCCCACGCGUCUGCACAGUCUCGCUCAGCACUUUAGGAACCGCAGCUCAAGCCUUGAGUCCCAGGGCAAACUGUUAGCGCCAGACCCUGACACACACCCGCACACCCUGGGAACACUGGGCAGCCCUGACUUCUUCCUGGUCCCAGGACGCAGCUCCAAUGGCUCUGACCCACUGGACGACUGUUCAUCUUGCACCAGCCAAAGCAGCUCAGAGCAUUAUUACCCCUCUGGCGGACCUCCCGGCAGCAACCCCAACUACUCCACACUUGGAGAGGACUCGCCCUCCAAAGCCAGACAGAGGCAGAGGCAAAGGCACAGGUCUGCAGGUCACCUGGGUUCCUCUAACUCCGGCUCCAUGCCAAACCUGGCAGCUAAGAACGGCUCCGGUGGAGGUUCAGGAGGAGGGGGGAUGGGAGGGGGACACCACGGAGUCUACCUCCACAGCCAGAGCCAGCCCUCCUCCCAGUACCGCAUCAAGGAGUACCCGCUAUACGUGGAGGGCAGCCCCAACCCCGUGGUGGUGCGCAGCUUGGAGAGCGAUCAGGAGGGCCACUACAGCGUCAAGGCCCAGUUCAAGACCUCCAGCUCAUACACGGCCGGUGGACUGUACAAGGAGGCCUGGGGGGGAGAAGAGGGAGGAGAGGGGAGCGGCCGACUCACGCCGUCCCGCUCUCAGAUCGUACGGACUCCGUCAUUGGGGCGAGAGGGUGGUGGAAGCGGAGGAGGGGGGAGGGCGGCAGUUUCUGAAGAACUGCGAUGCUGGUACCAGAGGUCCUCAGGGAGCCUGAAGGAGAGGAGUCACUCACAUUCAGGGUCUACUUCCUCCGAGACAGGGUCACAACAAGGCACCCUGGGACAUGGUCGAGGGAGUAGAGUAGGGACACUCGCCAAGGGCUCACCAGCUGCAUCCCCUCACAGCCAGAGGAGUAUGACGCCCUCCAGCGAACAUGCAGCGACACCCACGCCCCCCUGUAGCCCACAGCACAUCCUCAACUGGCAGAGCGGGUCUUUCAGUGACAGCUGUUUUCUCAGCAGCCCCCUGUGUUCAGAGCUGGCAGAUGUGCAGUGGUACGGACAUGAUAAGGCCAAACCUGGAACCCUGGUCUGAGACCUUCCUAUAGGGGCCCAGAAAAGCUCCAUUGCCCUCUCCUACUGCCUCUCCACUGUCCUUCACUACUACCCAUCGACAACCAACAACCUCAUCCUUAAGGCCCUACAAAAACCCUGCUCUGACCGGACAGGCGGACCGGACAUUAGCCUCCCUCCUUCCUAAAUCCUGCCCUCCAUCCAUCUCACCACCUCUUUGUUAGGCCCCUCUAUCACAGCUCGGCUGGACAGGGACACACUUGCUGGGCUCUGAUAAGGGCUGGUUUUACAGGACAGACUGAGAAGUGCCACCUCAGCUGUUGAACUGUUGCCCUACAGCACCACAGAGCCCAUACUUAACGCACCCUCAGCACACAAGCAAUGGGGCAAGAGGGAAAGGAGCGAUGCGAAGAGAGAGCACAGAAAAAUAUCAAACAUAGGACUCAACAGAACCAACAUCAGCCAUUUCAGGAUCUGUUUCAUAUCUCAUCUUUGGCCCCUAAACUAACUCCAGUGCACUGCCACCCAAUCAGAGGAUACCUGCUGGAUUUGAGCCACCAGUUUAAAACCCAUUUCCAGGCUGUUGGAUUUCAUUAUACCCAUUAAUGUUGUUUGUCUUUUUUGUUUAUUUGUCCCUGCAUAUUUAUAAGAAGAGAAGAUGACACAGACUUUUCAAAAAAAUCUGGAUUAACAAACAUUUAGAUGACAAAUUCAGCUCCUCUCAGUUUAACCCACAACCAAAGACAACUAACUGGAUGGACUGGUCACACCAGGGCUGGUGCCCUUGCAGUAAGCUGUAUGUAAGUGAAUUCACAGUGACAAUAUCAGGAUGGUUUAUGGGACUCUGGGAUAUUGAUGAGGACUAUAGCAAUAACAAACAUUGUACAAGCAUAUGGACUGGUUUGAAUCUACAGAGUGAAAUGAAGCAGGUAUUUUGCCGUGUUCUCUGCCUUGUGAUGGUAUAAAAGAUCAUUAGUGCAUCACAGAGAGGAUUUGGAGUUGUGGUUAUUGGGUUUGGCACUAAUCUAUGCUUAUUUCAGUGACUUCAUCAUUCAUGUUUAUUUAAUGUCUAAUUGGUCUUUUCAAGUUCUCUCUCUCCACAUGUUUGGCCACAUGGUGAAUUGUGAUCAGUACUUAGCCAGAGUGUGGGGGUGGGCUGGGCUGGGCUGGGGUGGGGUAGGGGGGAAUUAUUCAGGGGUGUUAACGUGGACACAGCAAGUCACAGUUACUGCAACAUUUUAUUUCACUGUAGUUUUGACACAGACAUUCUGAUUUCACCUUUUCAUAUUUUUAAUUUUCACCCCUAAAGGUAAAAGAUUUCUGGCUGUUGAGAUCUAUCGCCGUUACUUGUGUUUGAUAUUGAGAAUGUUCAGUGAUAACUCUCUAAAGUGUCUCUUCUUGGCUCUAUUCCACCACGCUGAGUCCCCUUUUGUAGCACUGUGCUUUCUCAUCUUUCUGUCCAUCUCUUCAGCGUGACAGGAGCAUCCUGACUGAGUAGAGACAGUUAGUGAACUCAAUGCCGGCUAGGACACACACACUGACAGUCACGACACCCUUUAUUACGGGCACACAUUAAGUUUAUCAGUGCCAAACAUGUUGGUGCUUUAUAUUUGUACUGUAAUUCAGCACUCGAACAGCCGCUCCUUCAAGCUACAAGCUAGUAGUAAAUCCCAUAGCCAUUGUAUAACAACAGCAGACUGCUCUCUGAUUUGGCAUCAGGUAUCUUAGGAAUUAUUCAAAUGUACUUUAAAAAAGCACAAAGUUAACCUUGUCUAUGAGGGCUGGACCUACAGUUAGUGCGUUCUCAUUUUCCGCUCUGAAUAUCUUAAUUUUGAGUUGUCCAAAGUGCAUAAGAGGGAACUAGAAAAGCUAAAAUCAUGAACAAGGAGUAAUACUUUAGUGCUCUUUUUAUUAGUACAUCAUCAACGAAUUUCAGGUCGACAACAAUUAUUACCCAAACAUCAGGGCAGAAAAGAAGCCAUAGGUAGAAUGGAAACAAAUAAUUCUUUGACCCUUUCAAAUGGAGGGAAUAAUUUUCUCACACAUCCUCAAAAAAACACAUCAGAUAUUCAGAAAAAGGUUAGAAAAGCACACCUGGUUUUGUCAGAAGGAAGUAGAACACUGCAUGUUUUAGCUGUAUCUAAAUCAAUCCCCCUCAACUCCCCCUAACCACAGUUUAUGUUAAGAAUCAUUGUUUCAUUGUUGCACAAAAUCUGAAUGAUUCAGAUGUUACUUUCAGAUUCUGCAUCUCAGUGAAGAGAGAAGUGGACGUGUUUUUGAGCACCAUUAUGUCUGGAUAAAUGGCGUUACAUGUUGUAUGGCUUGGGAGGAACGGUACGCAUCUUAACCCUGUCCCUCAUAGUGUUGUGUUUCCUUUAUGCACUGACCAGUUGUUGUAAUCUUCCACUUUCUCUUUCGACUAUUUAAAUAAGAAGGUUUACCCCACUCCCUGCAUGGUUGGUUCUCUAAGAGUUACCCACCCAUGCCUGGUCACAUCUGAUCAGUCUUUACCCAGGAUUGGAACCAGCACACUCUGGUUACCAUCUCAUAGGAAUUAAUUACUCUAGUGUAUUCAAGUCACCUAUUAGAGUACAAGUUUGACCCUGCUUUGCUCACUUUAAGUGUUCUGCCCAGGUUUGUGCGCUAAAGACACAAUCCCAUGCAUGCCUAUCAGAUCCAAAGACAUUCAGCAUCCGACUUCUAUACGCUAACAUUAGCACGUCUUUCUCCCCCCCCCUCCAAGAAAGUCCCAUCUUGACCUUGUGGUAAUCUCUGACCUCUGAGCCUGAUGUGAAAAGUGUGACGUCCCCUCCCCUCUGUAGCUCCAAAUGCACCAUAUUUUCUGUGCUCCAUUGAAAUGUAUGAGGUUUUUGUAAUACUCCAAGACAAAUGAACUAACUCUUUUAUCAGUCUUUUCCUGUAUGUAUGGAGGGGCACUGUAAGGUUUUUGUGGGGUUUUUAACAUUCACAUUCAUUGUUUUAACAAUGUUCCAUUUUAUAUGAACCAGUAUUGUUUUUUUUUAGUUUCUGACAUUGUAACAACCCUUUCAGGUGCUACAAAAUGACCAGUUACUGCUUUGUCACGUAGGAUCUAGACAUCUUCAUUAUUAUCAAUAGAUUCAAUUAUCAGAUGUGCAAAAUGAAGCUUAUUUUAACAGACAGUUUAAUAGUAGAACACUCCCCCUACCAGACAAUAGAGCAUGUAACUUGAUUUUAUCAGUUCUGUUCAACUGUAACAAUACAUUAAAGGUGUUGUAGAAAAAAUGUGGAAUUGACAAAAAAAAUAACUGAAUUCCACAGUUAAUUUAUUCUUUUUUCUAUUAAAAAUUUGUAUAGUAACUUUACAUUUUUCAAAACUGUGUUGUUGGAAAUUGAUGAUGAAUUUUCAAGAUGAGAAGCAGUGGUGGUUCUUGAGAGUAAGAUAAAUAAAUUAUUGAUGAAUGUUCUCAA